GAAUAAUUUAUGAAUAUGGUCCAGUCGCAGGCAAAACGCGAUCUACUUGAAUGUGGGCUGCAGCUAGAGGAGGACGGAGGAGAUGUGCAAGCUGUCCCGAUAUCUGCUUUAAAGGGCCAGAACCUUGACCUGUUAGUGGAAGCUCUGGCAACACAGGCUGAGUUACUCAAUCUACGAGCUGAUCCUUUAGGCUUUGUUGAGGCAGUUGUGGUGGAGUCCAGGACAGAUCCAGGGAGAGGGAAGGUUGCUACUUGUAUCAUCCAACGAGGUACCCUAAGGAAGGGGGCUGUGUUGGUAGCUGGAAGAGCUUGGGCAAAAGUGCGCAACAUGUUCAGUGAUGGAGGAAAGCCCAUUAAGGCAGCCCCACCUGGAACACCUGUACAGGUGAUUGGAUGGCGGGAUCUUCCAUCAGCUGGUGAUGAGGUUUUGGAAGUGGAGUCAGAGCACAGGGCCACUGAGAUUAUGCAUUGGAGAAGUGACAUGGCAGUAAAAGAGAAGGAAAAGGAGGAGCUGAUCGCCAUACAGGAAAAACUAAAUGAACAUCUGAAGGUGUACCGUGCUCAGCUUGAAGAGAGACGGAGAUUGGGUAUCAGAUAUAAAGUGCGUCGCAAGGACCCCAGAGAGAAGGAAGUCAAAGAAGUAGCCACUGGACCAAAAGUAUCAAUAGUACUAAAAGGGGAUGUAGAUGGAUCUAUCGAAGCUAUAUUGGAUGUUUUAGAGACCUAUCACAGUGAAGAAUGUGAUCUUGAUAUUAUAAGUUAUGGGGUUGGUACGGUCACCCCAAAUGACAUCACAAUGGCAGCAACAUUCUCAGGUUCAAUAUAUGCCUUCAACACCACAGUACCUCCAGAGAUUAGAAAAAUGGCCCUAGAAAAGAAGGUGACCAUUAAAGAGACCAAUAUUAUAUACCGACUGGUGGAGGACCUCAAGGAAGAGCUAUCAGAACAGCUUCCUAUGAAAGAUGUGGAAGAGGUUCUAGGUGAAGCCAACCUCCUAGCAGAGUUUGUUGUGACGGAAGGCAAAAAGAAGAUUCCCGUGGCAGGAUGUCGGUGUGUCAAAGGAACACUGAAGAAGGCUGCACUUUAUCGUGUGAUUCGUGGGCAAGAUAUCAUCCAUGAAGGUCCUUUGCUUUCCAUGCGCCACCACAAGUCUGAAGUAGAAACAAUAAACAGGGACAAAGAGUGCGGACUAAUGUUUGAGGAUGAGACCUUGAGGUUUGAGCCUGGAGAUCAGAUUAUUUGUUACAAGAUCAAUAAAGUGAAACAAAUCACUGAUUGGGAUCCUGGGUUUUGAGUGCAAACAGUUUUGUUGUAAAUAGUUUGUUAAUAAUUUGUAUAGAGAUAUGGAAAAUAAACUGUUACAAAAAACUGCAGUAUAAA